AUGAGCGCACCGCCGGCCGGAAACCCCAAUGGCGUCCCCAGCCGCCCAAAGGCGAAUCCCCUGAGGCCGAUGCGCAAGAAGCCUCCCCGUGGUAACCCGCUCGUUGCUUCGCGAAAGCCCGCCCCCAAACCCGCGUUGAAGUCCAAGCCAGGUUCUCAGAAUGGCCCAAAGCCCAACCUCGAAGAGAAUCGCAAGAAAUAUGGUGGAUGGUCCGAGGCGCCACCUCCUGAUUUUACCGAUAUCCCAAUCAUGACCACCAAGAAGGCGCUGCUCGAUGGCAUCCGCUAUCACUUGAUGAAGUUUUCCCAGGCGAAGCUAGGCGACAAACCCAUUGACCCUGCCGACCAGGACGAUUUCGCCCGACCCGUUACUCUGCAUCGACGUGAUGCCCGACAACCCCCACCUGGCAGGGCUGUCAAAGUAGAGGUUCCCGAGCAACCCGCAGUGGACGAACUAGAAGCAGAGAGGAUGGCUCAGGCCAAGGCAGAUCGAGAGGCCCAACGGGCGGUUGACCAGGCCAAGAUUGCCCCUGUUGCCAAGGAUCUCAACCCCAAGCGACCGAAGAAGCAAAAGGAAGAGAAGACGAACUUCAACCGAGCACCAAAGACUGUAGCAGCCAAGAAGGAGUCUGACCUAAGAUACGAGGAAGCACUUCCAUGGCAUCUUGAGGAUGCGGAUGGAAAGAACGUGUGGGUUGGUAGCUAUGUCGCCGCCCUUUCCGAGGCAAACGUCGCCUUCAUGAUUGACACGUCCGUGUUCCGCAUGGUCCCUCUUGAGAAGUGGUAUCGAUUCACAUCGAAGCCUCCAUUUCAGCCAUUCACCAUCGAUGAGGCAGAAGCGCUCAUGAACAAGAAGGUGGACGUUGGCCGCUGGGUCAUGAAGGAUGAAGAGCGGAGGGCAGGCCAGCAAGACGUGGAAGCGACUCGCCAGGCGCUGUACGGACGUGGGUCGAUGAUCAAGACGGAAAGUGACACGUUCCGAGCAGCCUCGCGACUGGAGAAGAUGGACCAUGACGAGAUCGACAUGUCAGGGGAUGAGUUCCAAGACGAUGACGAGACUCCCAAUUUUGAGCGUAACGUCGAUGACGAGGAUACCAAGGAAUCUAAGGAUCGUAUCCGUCGCGAGCAACUUGGUGCGAACCUGUUUGGCGACGGUGACGAACAAGAAGUAGACAGGGAUUUGAAGGAGCAGCUGAAAGAGGAGCUGGAGCGGGAAAAGUAUGGCAAGGCGACCAAGAAGGCCCUCAUCAAGCGAGACCGCGAGUUUGUCUACGAAAGCGACAAAUCCCAGGAUAACCCUUGGAGCAGUUCGUCCGAAGACAAUUCAUCUGAUGACGAAGAUGAGGACAAGGACAAGGAUAAGGAAGAUGACAAGAAGGAAGAUGAUGACAAGAAAGAAGGAAAGGACGGCGAGGGCAAGGACAAGGCCAAGGGCUCAAAGGGCACCUCAACACCACAGGGGAAGAACAAAUCUGAUCCCACUAAGAAGGGCAAAUCUCUCAAGCGACAAGGCUCCCCAGCUCUCUCGGAAUCGAGCGGCAACGAGUCUUCGAGAAAGAAGUUGAAGAAGACGGCUACGCCUGCUACAGGGAGUCGUGCGGGCACACCUCUCCCGCAGGGCGCUGCUAUGCGGCGGUCUAAGAUGGGUGCUGGUUCCGGUAGCGACGGCGAAGCUACUGGUGGUGAAAUGUCGGACGGCGCUGGCCCCAAGAAGAAGAAGCUGAAGCUCGUGAGCAGCAGCGCUCGAGGCACCCCCUCAGCGUCGAGAGCUGGUAGUCCUAUCCCAACCCAAGGUGGUGCUUCCCCUGGCCCGUCCGGCUCUGGAAUUGAGUCGUGGGAGAUUCUGGAAAAGAUCCCUGCGGAGGGUAUUGUCAUAGGUGACUUAAUCAAACAAUUCCAGGGACGUGUGGGUGAGAAGCCAGGGCAGAUGCCCAAGGGAGAGUGGAUCAAGCUCGUCAAGCAAAUCUGUGAGUAUGGCCCGGAUAAGCGACUGCGACGCAGAAGAUGA